CUGGCCGGACGGGACAUGGCGUGGUGGCCGAUUGGAGCCUCUCUGUUCGCCAGCAGUGAGGGCUCGGGCCUUUUCAUUGGGCUGGCUGGCACAGGGGCAGCUGGGGGCAUUGCCGUGGCAGGGUUCGAGUGGAACGCAACCUAUGUGCUGCUUGCUCUGGCCUGGGUUUUCGUUCCUGUGUACAUCUCCUCUGGGAUUGUCACCAUGCCGGAGUACUUGGGCAGGCGGUUUGGAGGGGAACGGAUCCGCAUGUACCUGUCAGCGCUGUCCCUCCUGCUGUCCGUCUUCACCAAGAUCUCAACAGACCUUUACUCUGGGGCACUGUUCAUCCAAGUGUGCCUAGGCUGGAACCUCUACCUGUCCACAGUGCUGAUGCUGGUGGUAACUGCACUCUACACCAUUGCAGGUGGUCUGGCUGCGGUUAUCUACACCGACACCCUGCAGACUGUCAUCAUGAUCACUGGAGCGAUUAUCCUGACUAUCACAGCUUUUGACAAAAUUGGAGGCUACAGCAACCUGGAGAGGGUAUACCUGAAGGCCAUCCCAACAAAGAUCAUCCCCAACACCACAUGCCACUUGCCCCGCGCUGAUGCCAUGCAUCUCUUCCGUGACCCAGUGGUGGGAGACCUGCCCUGGCCUGGCAUGACCUUGGGUCUCACCAUCCUUGCAACAUGGUAUUGGUGCACUGACCAGGUGAUUGUCCAAAGGUCCCUGUCGGCCAAGAACCUCAGCCAUGCUAAGGGUGCCUCUAUCUUGGCUAGCUAUCUGAAGAUACUCCCCAUGAUCUUCAUCAUCUUACCUGGAAUGAUCAGCAGAGCUCUAUACCCAGAUUCAGUAGGAUGCGUGGAUCCUGAGGAGUGCGUAAAGGUGUGUGGUGCAGAAGUGGGCUGCUCCAACAUUGCCUUCCCCACACUGGUCAUUGAUCUAAUGCCCAGUGGCCUGCGUGGGCUGAUGAUUGCAGUGAUGAUGGCUGCCCUCAUGUCUUCCCUGACCUCCAUCUUUAACAGCAGCAGCACCCUCUUCACGAUGGACAUCUGGAAGAAGUAUCGGCGAGGGGCCAGCGAGAAGGAGCUGCUGCUGGUGGGAAGGAUUGUGACAGUGAUCCUGGUGGUCAUUAGCGUGGUCUGGAUCCCAAUCUUGCAGAGUGCCAACAGUGGCCAACUUUUCGUCUAUAUCCAGUCUGUCACCAGCUAUCUGGCCCCACCCGUCACUGCCAUCUUCGUGCUCGCAGUGUUCUGGAAGAGGACCAACGAGGCGGGAGCGUUCUGGGGUCUCAUGGUAGGGCUGGUGGUGGGCCUCGCCCGUAUGAUCCUGGAGUUUGUGUAUCCUCCGCCCCGCUGCGGUGUGCCGGACCCCCGGCCCGAUGUGCUACGCAGAGUCCACUACCUCCAUUUUGCCAUCAUCCUGUGUGCGCUGACCGCCAUGGUGGUGGUGGUCAUCAGCCUGCUCACCACUCCGCCCUUAGAGGAGCAGGUGCGAUCCUUGACAUGGUGGACGCUGAGCCAGGAGAAUGUUGACCGUGAAAUCCCUCUGCAGAAAGUGUCGUCUCUGAGUGAUCACACACAGCAAAGGACGGAAGGUGCUGAUUCGCAGCGGAGGAGGAAAUAUAUACGGAGUGCGACAUUCUGCAGUUCCCGGGCCAACAGCCCGAUGACCCCUGCACUAAAUGCCACCCACAGCACCAGAGAGGAUCCCUUCUGGUCCCGGUUCUGCUGCGUUAAUGCCAUCAUCCUCAUGUGUGUCAACAUCUUCCUCUAUGCAUACUUUGCAUAACCCCCACAAGCCAUAUCUAUCCCCCCUGGGUUACACUGAAUGUCGAAUAUACUUAAUAUCAAAUAUACUUAAAAUAUCUUGAUUUUUAACAACUAUUUAUUGAUGAUAAUGAACUUGCUUUAGAGCAGAGGAAUUGUCAGAUACAUAUACUCUUAGGAGAAGAAACACUUCCUUUUGUUAAACCAUAAACACUUGACUUGACUCUCUCUGUUUAAUUAUUUUUAAGAGAGGCACUGAUGGUCCACCAGUCACUGAAAAUAAAUUACUGCAGGCAUGUUUCCAAACUCAGAAGAAUACUGAUAACUGGAUGUGUACAGCAGGAGUUUUCAAUGCAGCUGAAUAUCAGCUAUGUAGAAUGCAGUAGGAACAAACCAGGGAGGCAAUGUCAGAUUGUAGUCUAAUUGUUUUUGGAGGGAAGAUGUUUCUUCCUGUGGUUUUGUCUGGUCUUAUCAUACAUUUCAGAGAUUUUUGGCAGCAUCCAUCUUAAUUUAAAGGUUUUGAAUUCCUAUCUUUGUUGCAGAAACCAACUUUUGUAAACAUGAUUAAGUUGUGAUUCUUGGCAUACAUUGGUUCAGAUAGGUAUUCUUUUUUGUUGUUGUUAUCUUAAAAUAGUAAUUGGACAA